CAAAUGAGCCGCAGAUUGGGCCAGGUUGAAGGUCUGGCAGCCUGGAAGCUUUUCCUUCUCGGCCCCCUCCAUAGGGGUAAGUCCGUAUGAUUAUUGUACUGUAGUCGAGAUGGAGUAAGAUGACGGGGGGGGGGCUAUGCUCUCUCUCUCUCUCUUCUCCUCUUGAGGAUAGUUCACUAAUUUCAAUUUUACAUAUCAUCUUUAAACCUCCCCCCGCCCCCUCGUACAUUUCUCUUCUCUUCCUUCCUUUCUUCUCACCCACCCUUCGUGUCCUUCGUUCUUUACGCCUCAUUCCCACGGUAGUCACUCUUUUGCACUACAAGCCAUCUCACGAGUCUUAACCCACUCCAGUCACUCCUUGAUUCACUCACUCUUCACGAAGGAAUUCCACCCUCCCAAACCUAACCACCUACACCACAAAUCAAAAUGCGUUUCUUCGCCGUCAUCUCUGCCCUUGCUGCCCUGGCCUCGGCCUACACCCAGCCCGACUACACCCAGAGCCCCACCGGCAAUGCCAUCUACACUCCUGGCCUGAACGACCAGGUCGAGGCUGGCCAGGCCUACAGCAUCACCUGGGAUCCCACCACCACCGGCAAGAUCUCUCUGGUCCUCCUCCACGGCCCCAGCACCAACAUGCAGACUCUGUACGCGAUUGCCGAGGACAUCGACAACACCGGCAGCUUCUCGUGGACCCCCAGCACUGAUCUGGCGCCCGAGACCACCCACUACGGACUCCUGCUCGUCGUCGAGGGCACAGGCCAGUACCAGUACUCCACCCAGUUCGGUAUCACCAACCCCUACUACUCGUCCUCGUCCGCCGUUGCUUCCGCCACCACCUCCACUGCCGCCGCUACCACCUCCGCUGUCACUGAGGCUGCUGCCACCACCACUGCUGCCGCGACCACCACCGAGGCCGCCGUCAGCGCCGCCACCUCCACUGUCGCUGAGACGGUGGAUGCCACCCAGCCCGCUGCCACCUCCGUCCCCGUCAUCAAGCCCACCGGCUUCGUGACCUCCAAGCCCUCCGGUGUUGUCUCCAGCUCCGCCGCUCCCUCCGGCACCCCCGCGGCCAGCUCCUCCUCCGUCUCCCCCAUCUUCACCGGUGCUGCUGACCGCAACGCCAUGAACCUGGGCAUGGGCGCCUUGGCCGCCGGUGUGGUUGCCAUCUUUGCUAUCUAAACUAGCCCGGGCGUGAGCUUGGCAUUUUGUGGUGGUGUGUGUAUCUGCACUGUGAUGAAGCUUAGUUUGACUGUUCAUAUGCUUUGAUACUUAUUCGACCAGGACAAAUUUUAAAGAAACUUCGGAUGUAUUAAGCUUGUUUGUUUUGAACUUUUGUGUACAAGAACAACCCCCUCUUCCCCAAUGCCCCCCCUCCGGCAUGUGGAAUUACCUUUCUUCGACAUGAUUUCCUUUUUUUUUUUGUU